CCAAAAAUAUACUUGACAACUGUAUGUUUUUGGUUUGUUUUGAAAAUUAGAUAUAUUUAAACUCUCUAAAUAGGAUAAAAUGGAAUAAAGGAUUGAUUACAACGACUGUUUUUUUGCUGUGCUGCUCGGAUCAUUAAAAGUGAAGGUGAAGUUUGGACAGAAGUUUUGGAAUUACAUUGAAACUAAACACAGUGGCUGUUUGAGGAAAUGGCUGCAACAAGCCAUCUUUCGGAAGAAGAAUUUUUAUGUCCUGUUUGCUAUGACAUUUUCAGCAAUCCUGUUCUACUCUCAUGUAGCCAUAGCCUGUGUAAAGCAUGUCUGCAGCGGCUCUGGGAAAUCAAAGAAUCUCCAGAAUGUCCAGUCUGUAGGAGAAAAUCCUCUAAGCCUGAGCCUCCUCUGAACCUGGCGCUAAAGAAGCUGUGUGAAUCGUUCUUACAGAGCCGCCAUCACAGAUCUUCAGUACCGUCCGACGGCCUCUGCAAGCUGCACAAUGAGAAACUCAAACUCUUCUGUCUGGAAGAUCAGCAGCCUGUGUGUGUGGUGUGUCAGACCUCAAAGAGACACAAAAAUCAUGAGUUCUGCCCUAUAGAUGAAGUUCUGUAUGACAUUAAGGAAGGACUCAGGGCUGCCUUGGAUCCUCUACAAAAGAGUCAGACACACUUGGAAACUGCUAAACAAAAUUACAACAGAGCAGCUUUACACAUUAAGAGUCAAGCCCAGUGCAUGGAAAGACAGAUAAAGAAGGAGUUUGAGAAGCUUCAUCAGUUUCUAAGAGAAGAAGAAGCAGCAAGGAUAGCUGCACUAAAGCAAGAAGAGGAGCAAAAGAGUCAGAGGAUACAGAGGAAGAUUGACGAGACGAAUCGUGAAAUAGCCCGUCUUCAAGACAUAAUCAAAAAAACAGAGAAGGAAAUGGACACUGGGGAUGUAGCAUUCUUACAGAAUGUCGAGUCCACAGUGAAAGAAGUUCAACGCACAACAAAGAUUCCAGAGACUGAGACAAAUAUGCUGAUCAAUGUUUCUAAACACAUUUCUAACCUGAAGAUCAGAGUCUGUGUGAGAAUGCAGGAGAUCUUCCAAUACACUUCUGUUACUCUGGACCCCAACACUGCACAUUCACAGCUCCAUGUGUCUGACGAUCUCACUACUGUUGAACACAGAAAACAGGAAUUACCGCUGCCUGAUAAUCCGGAGCGAUUCGAUAGUGUUACAUGUGUCCUGGGCUGUGAGGGCUUUAAAUCAGGGUCGCACUACUGGGACGUCGAGGUUGGGGACAGUAACAUCUGGGAACUGGGUGUGAUUGGAGAGUCUGCUCCAAGAAAGAAGAAUUCCUUCUCUAAUGCAGUGUGCAGCAUGAGCUACAAUAAAGGAAGUUACCACACGCUCUGUCCGGGACAAACAGGUGACAUUUUCAGAGCUAAAGACAAACCGCAGAGGGUCAGAGUGCAUCUGGACUGGAACAAGGGGAAAGUGACAUUUAUUGAUCUUAUAACCAAUACACGCUUGCACACUAUAACACACAAUUUUACUGAGAGAGUGUUUCCAUUUUUCUAUAACAGCUCUCCAUCUCGGCCUAUGAAGAUCUUACCAAUAAAACAGACAGCAGAAGUAAAACCCUACAUUUAAUACCAAAGAACAGAAACAUCAUCGGAAUCUCUGAAACCUCCAACAACAAAAAUUAAUCUUUAACUCAUCUUUAAAAGCAUUAGCGUGUGCUAUUCUGUAUCAUUUCACUUGUUCAGUAUAGAGUUUGGCCAUGGCCAGUGUAAAUACACCACAAUGCUGUUCAAUUCUCAAUUCUGAUUGGUCAGGACUUGAUUAAAGUUUCUAUAACAGCAGCUCUGACAGUAGUGCAGCUGAAAUCUCACAUUUAUAUUAAUGCGCUUGUUCUAAUACAUUAUCAUUUCUAUAGCAUAUACAAGGACUUGUACAGUGGAUGCUCCGCAAAAAUGGAUUUUAAAAAAUAUUUAUUUGAAAAAUUGUUGAUAUGAUGAAGUUUUCUGUAAGGAAACGUUUAUUUAGAGGAGCAGAGAGAGCUGGACAGAUUAAAGGAUUAAAGGACUGCUGCCACAUUCUCUUAAGGUAGAGAGGGCUAAAUCACACUGCACCAUUAUUAGCAGGUAGUCAAUUGGCAUUGUGGGUAAUGUAGGAAACUGAUAACCAAAUAGAAAACAGACCAAUUUAUCAAGGAUUAAAGUUUAAAUUAAAAAAAUUCAAUUCAGAAUUUCUCUAUAAAAUAAAUCUUGCAGAUUGCAUAUUAAUUAUAAAUUUUAGCAUGUAAGUCAUUCAGGGUGAAAUUUAUCUUUAAAAAAAAAAAAGACUUGAUUAGCCCACAGUCUUGCUGAGGGCGAUGGACCAGAGACUAUGAAUUUAAAAUCUCAAUGUUAUAAAAUCUUUUUUUAAAAGUCUUUACAUGCAGUGUCAUUGGUACCUGUGUAAAGAACAACAGAAUUAAUUGCUUUUUGUUCAACAUGAAACUUGUUUGGUUUAUGCAUACUGUACACUUGAACUGUGUACAACUGCCUUAUUCGCCCAUCUGAAGUAUCUGCACUUGGUCAGCAGGCAGUUAGAAGGCAGUUAGAAGGAAGUGAACUUUUAAACAUGCUUAUAUGGGAACUGCAGAAAACAGCACUCAAAUAUAUAUAUGUAUAGUCCCAGCUGAAAGUAUUGGAACGGCAGGGCCAAUUCUUUUGUUUUUGCUAUACAAUAAAGACAUUUGGGUUUAAGAUCAAAAGAUGAAUAUGAGUCAAUAGCAAGGGCAUAGAAUUUAGUAGGGACGCUACCAAUAUCCAGCGACUGCUAAAUUGUCCCUAGCAAUAAUUUUGAUCAAACAAUAAAAAUAUAUUUAUGUAUAUAACCAUUGUUGUCUGUCAAUGUCUUGUGGUUUUUAUUUUUAUUUAAUCUUUAUUGAACCAGGCAAAGUAACAUUGAGAUUAAGGAACUCUUUUACAAGAGCGUCCUGGCCAUGACAGGCAUCAGCACAAUUUGUCAAACUGUGUCUCAUAUUGAUUCAGAGACAGUGCAUUUUCCCAGUACGUGACAAUCCCCUAUUAAUGGGAUGAGUGGCAAGCCUAAACGUUUGUGUGUGUGUGUGUGUGUGUGUGUAUGUGUGUGUGUUUGGCAGUUAGGCUAAUUUGGUGAUGCUGAGUCAGAAUGGCAGCCAAAAAAGAAAGGUGGACCUUUGGAGCUACUUUACAACAAGUCAAGUAUAAGUCACUUAAAAUAUUUUCACAAUUGCUAGAUGUGUAGAGUCGACAAUAAUGAUAAUAAUAAUAAUAAUACUUAACUAAGCCAUAAAUGUUUUUCCAUACUGUUCAUAUGGCGUGCAUCAGUGUGUUAUUUUAUCAGGAGACAGAAGCAGUCCUGCCAGGUAGUAGCUCAGACAGAGCAGGAAGAGAUUCGGUGGAGAGGCAGGGUCACAGGUGAGGCCUAGGCUUGUAACAAUGUGAUUAUAAGAGUAAAUGUAGAUAUUUGUUUUGUAUUACAGUGAGGUUGCACUGGUGUACUAAGAGCUCUAUUAACCACUCAGACAUACAUGCUUUUAAUAAUGUGGGCAUGAAUACUGUACUAUGUAUAUAAAAUAUAUUAAAUAAGUGGUUACUAGCUUCAUCAGUGUGUAGAUGUAUUUUUCACAUGCAGUAGUGGAUACAGAGUGGCUAAUUGCAUACUGUGGUGUAUUUCUAAGGAAACUGAUCCAGCUGUAGACAGCAAUAGACAGAGUGCACUCCCAAGUCACCUGAGGAGCAUUACAGAACAGACUUCUAUAAAAUGCUAGAUAGUGUUGAUGUUCACUUUAAGGAUAAAUUCAACUAACCAGAUCUAGAUGUCUCGCAGAAGCUAGAGGAAACUCUACUGACUGGAGAAGUGAAUGAUUGUUGAUGGGAACCCAGAACUGAACAGGGAGAAUCACAAAGUCCAACUAGCCAUGUUCAAAAACAUGUCCAUUCUCUCCUGAUCUCUGUCAUCAACAAUGUAUUUUCGCUGACAAAACUGCGUCUUUUUUUUGUUGUUGUUGUUUUUCACACUGUUAUGUGUGAACUCGAGAGACUGUUUCUGUGAAAAGCCCGGGAGAAUCAGCAGUUUCUGAAAUCUGCAAAUCAGCCCAACUGGCACCAACAACCAUGCCACGGACAAAGUCGCUUAAAUCACAUUUUUCUCCCAUUCUGAUGUUUCAUGUGAACAUUAACUGAAGCUCUUGACCUGUAUCUGCAUGAUUUUAUUCACUGAGCUGCUGCCACAUGAUUGACUGAUUAGAUACAGUAUUGUAAUAGCUGGGCAGAUGGACAGGGGUUCCUAAUAAAUUGGUUGAUGAGUGAACAUUAAGUUGUCAGUGUCUUAAAAUUUGUUGGGGGUGUAUGGGGUGGCCUGAGUCAGUGUGAGGCUCCCAGUCUGAUUUUUUUUGUCCCAGUCCAGCCCUAGAUGCAUAGUUUAUAUUUCUCCAUUUCAAACAAAGCUGCAUUUUGUUUCUAUGUGACCCUUUUGAUUUUCCAUAUUCACGCCUUUGCCUCGUGUGCAGUGCAGCGUCUGAUAU